GUAGUUGGUAGGACAGGAUGCAGUUAACACCAUUCUGCCUGGUGCUGUCCUGUCUUCAGGUCAGCCCAGACAGGUCUCAGUACUUCAGGUACGACACCGUCUCUUUGAGCUGCGAGGAUCAGUUGAACUCCACUGGCUGGAAGGUGAAGAGGAGAACGGAGGAGGGUGGGAUCAGACCCUGCUCCUCCAGCUGGGGUACCUCCUCCUCGGCUUCGACCUGCAUCAUCAGAAACAUUUACCCAUCAGACACCGGGGUUUACUGGUGUGAGUCUGAAGACGGCGAGAGAAGCAACGCCGUCAACAUCACCGUCUCUGAUCGCGCAGUGCUCCUGGAGAGUCCUGCCCUCCCUGUGUCAGACGGAGCUGCUUUCAGUCUGCUUUGUAGAGCCGAGUCGCAAUCCUCCAACCACACGUACGAUUUCCAUAAAGAUGGCCGCUCUGUUGGCAGCAGCUCCACAGGAAAGUUAACCAUUCCCGAUGCUUCCAAGUCUGACGAAGGACUCUACACGUGCAGCAUCCCUGGAGUUGGGGAAUCCUUGGGCAGCUGGGUGGCUGUUAAAGGCUCUCUUCCACCUUCAUCUUCAGCUCCAACGACAGGUUCCUGUUCAGUCUCUGUUCCCAGGUUGAUAUGUCACCUAUUGGUGGGAACACCUUACCUGGUGUCCACCAUCUUACUGGGACUCAUUUGCAGAGACAGGAACAGAGCAGCUCGGAUGGCCGCAGAGAGAAGAGGCAGCAAUGAUGUCAUCAUGGAAAUAGUUGUAUAGUCCUACGUACUGGUAAAAGUGACAAAGAAAUUCAGCUUCAGUUGCACCACAGGACGUCCUGGAGAUCUAUUUUUACCACUGUCCACCAGUCCAAUACCAGCAAAGACUAUAGUGACGAUUGGAGGAGUUUACAAAGCUUUGUGACGUCUAUGAAUCCUGAUAAACAUAAAUAAUAUUUCUGUGUUAGUUAUCUUUCAAACCCAAACCAGACAAAUUUAAAGCUGAAAACUGCCUUGUAACAUUUACGUUAUUUAUCUGGAUGAUCUUGUCUUGAGAUAGACAAUCACAUACAAAUUUCGAUGUAAAUAAAGAACAUUUAAGGAAACUUUUUUUCAUGUUUGUUGCUUCAUACAGCUCAGUGAUUAGCUGUUGGACUGAUGGAUGUGCUCGGGCCACCACAUUUGUAAUAGACUCCAUCUCUCCUUCACUUUCCUCCUUUUGUCUCUUACUUCCUCCAAGUCACUUUCAGGUAGGAGACAAGAGAAACAGAGCACAGCCUCCAUCUCAACAGGGUGUUAUGACCUCUGACCCUUUUGGCUUGUAUUACUCUCAGUACAGUCUUGUUUGGAUGAGAGAAGGAACUGAGUAGCUACUGAGGGUGGAUGGAUACAAAGCACAUAAUUCUUGUGUUACCUCACUGUUGAGUGUGAAAAGGAAGUGGAGGGUGAUUGUGGUUUGGUUGUUUUCAUCAUGCAAACAUAUGAGGUGUGAAGAUUUAGUCCAGGUAUCUGUUGUUUUGUUUUUUCCAUUUGACAUUUUAUCUCUGUCCAGAAUUUACUCAGACGAUGACUGAAAAUAGAAUUAAUCCUUUACUGGAUAAUGACACAAAUAACUGCUGUAAAUGUAAACAGGAAAAGCGCAGACAUUUUCGCAGUGAGUUACCCAAUCAGCCUUUCCUACCUAUGUGGGUCAGUUGUGGUGAGUUUGUUCGUAUUCAGAGUACGUCUGUGUUAUUUCUUAGAAGUGAAAGGUGGACUUUUCAAACCCACACGCCAAGGCCGGGCCAACAGUUGUGCUACAAACACUGAUCAAAACUAAAAUGUUGUAAAUUUUUAAUUUUUUUAAAAGUGUUAAUACAAUGAAAACAGGUACAUCAUUAAAAGUAUGUGUUUAGCAGAUUUAAUUUAAUAAAACCAUCUAUAUUUUGUGUUCUGUAAUAUGAUUGGAAACUGCUAAGUGAAGCUGCUCGCUGUUGUGUUCUGUGGCUGAAACACAAUAAAUCUGUC